AUGUUGAUUGCUGCCAAGGAAGGUACUUUUGCUUACCAUACAAUUAAGCAUUUGCAAAGCUUCAGAUCCUUAGACUGCACGUCAAAACUAAUUGUAAACAUGUUUGAACCAAAAUUUGCGGCAGCUCGAACCAAGACUGAGGCGAUUGUAAAAAAUGUUUUAGCUCAAGAAGCUCAGUCCCAAUUAGAAAUUGACCUUCGAAAAGCAAAUUUUGUUAGCAUCACGAUCGAUUCGUCAAAUCAUCGAGAAAUUAAAGUUGUGCCCUUAAUGGCAAGGUAUUUUGAUGGUGAAAAGGGUAUCCAAUUAAAAUUACUUCAGCUGCGUGACUUACCUGGAGAAACAUCAGAGCAGUUGAAAUAUUACGUGGCGAGUGCUUUGAAUCACCAUAAUCUACUUCAAAAAUGCAUCGGAAUGUCUGCUGAUAACACAAAUACAAAUUUUGGUGCAAUGAGGAGAAAAGGAGUGAAUAAUCUAUUCAGCAAGUUAAAUGCUUCUCGUGGCAAACCCGUCAUUGGAAUUGGUUGUGUAGCACACAUCUUUAACAACUGUUUACAAAAUGCGACGGACGUCUUACCAAUAGACGUCGAGCUUAAAGUAAGAGAGUCACUUUCGAAACUUGAGAAUAUGGGAGACAUUGACCGUAGUGUAAACUAUCGGGAUAUCUUCAUCAUGCAUGUCAAGCAGUUCUAUUCGAAUUGUGUAACAUAUUUGAAAAACUGGAGUGAAAAUUUAAGUGAACUAAAGCUAUUCGGAUGGGUUAACUUGAAAAAACAAGUUUCUUGGGCUGAAAUUUGGUCGUCGUGUGAGGCUUUCAAGGACUACAUAGGUCCGAUAUUGAAUCAGGACGAACUGUUCGAUGAAGUUAGUUUAAUACGAACCAACGUUACAGAAGAUAAAAUCGUAGACUGGAAUUCGAGAAAUAUUUCUACCGAAGAUCGAUGGCUCGAAGUCUUCCAAAAAGAAAGUGCUUUGAAAAAUCUCAAAAUUCUAUGCGAGUUCGUUUUUUGUCUGCCUGGGACCAGUGCGUCGCUUGAGAGGUUGUUCUCAAAUAUCAAUAACUAUUGGAGUCCCGACAAAUCGCAGCUGAAAAUAUCUACUCUGGAAGCCAUCAUGCAAGUCUACACAAACUUCAAAGUUUCGUGCAAUGAAAUGUUUCAGUUCUUAAAGAGUAAACCACAACUUCUGAAGGAAAUUCAUGGUUCCAAAAAGUCAUAUUCAACAUUUCCCUUGAGGUUUAGUAUCUACAACUCCAAAGAAAGGAAUCCUCUGGAACAUCCCAAGAAUAUUCUCGAGAACCUUCAAUUUCAAAAAUUCGACGGAUAUUUAGAGCAGUCCACACCGACUUUAGUAACUCUAGUAACUCAUAGCAAAACCAAUCCUGGGUAUCGGAUUAUAUCUCACAGUCACGUAACGAGAAACUCUGAAACGGAAAACUGGGCCAUAAAUAAAGUUGGAUUAAAAAUCGACCUGGAAAAGUUCGGUGAUUAUAAAGUGAAUGAAAGCAACGGCCCUCUAUCAACCAAUGCAUGUGUGUCUGCAAGCUCGAUUAGCAGCACAGCCAUUAAGCUCGGAAAUGUAUACCAGGAUACUCAUACCAGGCAUACCUUGGCAAUAAUAUUUCUGUUGAACAGGAUAGAGUAUAAGGAAUUCUCCUUGGAAAGCAAUUGCUUUCAUUUGAAUAACAUGGCAAUUUGCAGGGUGGGUGCCCUUCAUUUAACAUUUCCUUCUCAUGUUAGUCCAAGCAACGAAACUGUAAAAGCGGUGACACUGCCCAAUGACUCUGGAGUUUUUCUGAACCUCAACUCGAAUAGCCAGUCCCAGCAGUUCGUGUUCGUUGAACACUUGCUGAGACUUUUCAGUCUUGGGCAGUAUCACGACCACCAAAGGCAUGGGCGCGCCGCCGCUGCGCUUCAAUCGAAUGAUGUGGAGAGGGCUAUAUCCCCUCUGCUCCAGUUCUCCCUUAAUCUCAGUAUCCGAAAAGUUGACGGGAACUCCUCGAACCACCGCAUGGAUGUUCCGUUCCGAAUGGAGAGGAAAAUAGACUUCAGAGCAAACUUUCGCGACGUUAUCCCUAUGGAUAGGUAG